AUGGGUCGGGCUCGAUUUACGGUGCGUGAACGGAGAUUCUCCGCUGAGAUGAAGCGGUGGUGUGUGUCAAUGACCGCAGGGCUGUACUGUUCACAAUUAUCUAUUGCUAAUUACAAAUGUACCAGCCGUAAAAGAAAACUCAUUCUGCUGGUCGUAGCUGUGAUUUACAUGUUCAUAGCCGCUUUGGGAUAUUACGUCAUCACUGACACAAGUUAUGACGUCACACCAAAAGAUGUUCGACGUUUGAGUAUUCUCCUUAAAUCGACCAUAAUAACAAAUUGGAAUGAAACAACUUAUGAUGUAGAUACGUCAUCAACGAUACCGAUCCAGAAUGGGACAGUUCGGAAGUAUUCGUGUGACGUCACCACGGAGCACCAGGAUCUGCUGUGUGACGUAGCUAGACCUAAUUUCCUGUCCAACUAUAAAAAUCCAUGCUGGAAGGAGUCCGCUAGUCCAGUUCAAUGUAUCCCGUACUUUCAGCUGAUAGGAGUUGACAAAUCUGGUACCACAGACUUAUUCUAUAGGCUUGUCCGUCAUCCUCACGUGGAAGGUAACCAAGGUUACAUCGGGAAGGAAACGUUCUGGUGGGCAUGGAAACGUUACGGGCUGGAUCUCCAAAAAACAGUUCCACGCAGAGACUUUGCGUAUUACGUACAUUUCUUCCAAGAAGCGGCUGCCACUAUAGCGGGGACAGUAGACGACUCGGGUUUUCAUGACGUCAUCACAGGAGAUGGAUCGCCGAUGGAUUUUUGGGAUUUCCGUGGUUGGACAGACAUCCCACAAAAUGACGGUCUGAAGGAUCCAGGGAUACUUACUCCACAUCUUAUUCACCAUAUCAACCCGAACACCAAGUUUAUCGUGCUCCUACGUGACCCUAUAGAGAGGUUAUAUUCAGAUUACCACUUUCUGCCCAUCAAAAGAGUUCGUACUCCCGAAACCUUCCAUAGAGCCGUGUCAAGGUCGUUUGGUGUUCUGUCGUCCUGUCUCCAUGGCAACACACUACGUCACUGUCUGUUUGACAGAAGUCUUCAUCAACAGUUUAACAAAAAUGCACGACUACACAUAGGGUUUUAUAUUGUGUAUCUUCAUGAAUGGUUCAAAGUUUUCCCAAGGAGUCAAUUUCUGAUCAUACGAUUUGAGGACUACAUCAACAACAUUCCAAAGUAUAUCAAUCAAGUUUACAGAUUUCUGGGUCUAGCUCCUGUAUCCCUACAAGAGACAGCCGUCCUUGGUAUCCUUAGCCCCGUCCGUGAAAACGUUACUAAGCGGAAGGUCAUGGCCAGACCAAUGUUGAACAAAACCAGAGACAUUCUCAGAGAUAUCUACCAACCUUUCAAUGAGGAGCUCUCCAAAGUUUUAAAGAACGAGGAGUUUUUAUGGCUUUGA